AUGUCCCCUUUGUCCCGGAUUGUCCCCGAUUGCGCCACCCCGUGGCCUUCAAUACCCCUCCAAUCCCCCUCCCUUGCGCCCAUGCCCUCCCCCCCACCGCCGUUCAGCUACUCGCCACCCAUCUUUGUGCCGCCACAGCCACACACACACUCUCUCUACGGGCAUUGGAAACUCCUGAGAACACUGGAAGCACUGGGAGCGAUGGGAGCAGAGGGAGUGGUGGGAGUGCAAAAGCCGUUGCUGGUGCUACUCCCAGCACUGCUACUCCCGGAAGUGCUAGCAGCCGCAGCCGCAAGCACAUCACCGGUCGCCACGUGCCCCAGUGAGUGCAGCCCCAACCACUCAUCCCGCCCCCGUCCCCACAUCCCCGUCCUUUUGUCCUCUUUCUUGACGUUCUCUCCCCGAUGCGUCUCUCUCCCUCUUCUGCCUUCUCUACCUGCUCAAACCGCUCCCCUUCUUCUUCUCCCCAACUGCCCCCUUUCCCUCGCCCAUCAUCAGAAGCCCCCUGUACAGAAGGAGGUCGUGCGCACCUUCGUGCGCUCGCUCAGCAGUGACGAGGGCACUGGUGUGUGCCAGGGGGGAUGGUGGGAUGGGUGGGGAGGCUGCUGUGAGAACGGGAGUCUGAGAAGGGGAGAGGGGGGCAACGUGAAGGGGUGGUGGGACAUAUCAGAGCUGUACGACGACUGUGACGGCAACACGGUAUCUGCCGAGGUGUCCCUGGGCGGCGAGAUGCAGGUGCGCCCCAACGCCAUGCGCCUGCUGCUGGGGGAGCGCUCCAUUGUGAACCUCGUGCGCAUGGGCAUCAACCGCCGCAAGUUCCCUGCCGACGAGGACGGCGUCUACUUUGUCAUCGGCAACCGCUAUAGCAAGCAGUGGACAUCACUGAACCCCUGGGGAGACAACUUCUGCAGAGGCUUCUGUGGGUGGCACAGCUACCGCACCGUCAAGGGCAAGCGCCUCAAAUACUCCUUCGUUGGCAACCCCGCUGGCAGGUGCAUGUGGUCGUGUGGCGGCAAGACGCUGUACAAUGCAGCAGCGGGGCCGAGCGGGGUGGGCAAGGGCAUGGACUCGGUGGUGUCAACACUGGCCCACGAGCUCACAGAGUCCGCCACCGACCCGUACCUAGCCACCUGGAGCGACGCUGAUGGCUAUGAGAACGCUGACGUGUGCGACGUUGACUUCACCAGCAGUGACCUCUCCACAACGUCAGAUGGAGCGCCGUACAAUCUAGAGGGCAUAGGGGGUUCCAAGUUCCUGGUGCAGAAGAAUUACCAUCCCACCCAGCACGAGUGUGUCAACACGGUGUAG